GGCAGUUUUCUAAAAUCUUGUGACCAUUUCUCCAGAACUUGAGAUGACAGUAAUGAUAUAGGUGUGCCGUGUAAGACUACUAGUUGGCAUUAAUAAUUGACAGCUUUUUAGCCAAUUCACGAGUUCUUGUUAAUGGAUUAUCAUGUGUUUGAAGAAAGUAAAUCAAUAAAGUAGAGGAAUGUAAAUUCAGUAGUAUGUGUGGUUUUCAUUUGUGCUUAAUUUAGGGUUUGAGCUGGGAGUCCCUGGUGGAUUGUUCUUAUGUCGCGCGUUCUCACCGGCCUGCUUCUGCAGUAGGUGCCACUGAGCCUGUGAGUCUGGGACUAUUGCAUGUGCUUGCUUCUGCAGUAGGUGCCAUUGAGCCUGUGAGUCUGGGACUGUUGCAUGUGCUUGCGUCAAAGUUUUGAUAGUUUUGCUUCAUUCUUAUAUCUUGUAAUGAAUUCUGUAUGGCCUUCGGGAGUUUGAAUGAUAUGAAUCUGUUCAAAAAAAACAAAAAACAAAAUGUGCUUUGGUCAGUAGAGGGUUGAAAGCUUGAAACUAAAAUAUGUUGUAACUCACAUCUCGAAUGACCAUUUUUCCACGUUCCGAACAGCAGGAGGACGUGGUUGGAGGAUGGAGAUUUUUUGUUACACAAAUUUCUUUGUCACAUUCAGGUAUACUCAUGCAGUCAUGCUUCUUUGAUGGAGCUGCAGAGGAAACUUCAUGCAAAAUGAGGUUAAACUUAUUGAAUCUCUUACAUUUUGUUUUUUUAGUUUGUGCUUGGCAAAUUUUACCAGAUCCAAGUUAGUAUAUCCUUUUCAGGUGCAAAAAUUUGCAGUUUCAUAUUGACUGUAAGACAUUGAAUUCGGUAAUCUGUUUCUAUAAUGCUUGCAUUUAGUGCUUCAUACUCCUUCACAAGAAUUUGCCUCAGCAAUUUGUUUCUUCAUAUGCACACAAUUCUUAGCCAUCAUUUCUUGGCAAUCUUUCCCAAAAAUUUCUGUACAUUAAUUUGAACUGGAAAUCAGACCAGUUCAUGCAUAGUGAGAUUAGUGUGACAGAGUCCCAUGGUUAUGCACAUGAAAACACUUAAAUAAUAAUAUCCUUGGAUGAUGCUUCCUUCUACAUAGUCCCCUUGUUCCACACUGCCUUCAGUUUAUGGGAUAUCGUGUACAUGUCAGUGCACAGAUCAGUUCGUAGAUUUUAUUUAGGUGUAUGAAUUACAAUAUAGAGGUCGAGCAAAGCUACCAACACCAUCCAGAGGUUGAUCCACAUGGGCCCACAUGCAUUGAACGUGUUCCAGACACAACUGUGUCUGGAGUUGCGUUUGUAGACUUUUUGUUUGACUAAUCAUUGUGACCUGAUUAGUCAAACUUGCAUGUAUUCUUUUUGCUUGUAUGUUUCAAGAUUGCUACCUGUAUCAAUUAACUUGCGUACACUAGAAUGGCAUUUCAAGUGUUUCAAUCAGCUCUUGCUUUGAAAUGCCCGGAUUAACUAAGCUAUACUAAUCGCCUGUUAUGUUUAGUGAUGUCCUUGCUUGUAUGUCUGUUAAAUCCCAGUCGUUUUGAAUCUUGGACUCCUGAUAUUAUUUCAAAUUAUAUUUUUCCUACCAUUUGUGGCGUUUUUUGUUGUUGAUCGGCGAAGAUAUUUGUGGCGUUAUUGUUCACGUUUAGUAUCACUAUUCCUUGUGUUUUGGAUGAUUGAUGAAAUUGGUAAGAUUUCCCUUUCCUUGUAAAAUGUAGAUACAAGAAGAUCUCUGUGUUGCGCUUCAUUUGAAUGAAGGUUGUUAGAUGAAUGUUAAAAGCUCAAUGAUAGGCCGCGGGAAUUUUAUUUCAUUAACAUAUUGUAGAAUUUCGUUGAACGGGUACACAUCCGUAUUGCCUUCGGGCGUUUGAAUGAUAUGAAUCUGUUAAAAAAAAUCGUGCAUUGGUUGAUAGAGGGUUGAAAGUGUGAAACUAAAAUACACUUUGACUCACAUGUCGAAUGACCAUUGUUCCACGUUCCGAACAGCAGGAGGAUGUGGGUGGAGGAUGGAGAUUUUUUGUUACACAAAUUUCUUUGUCACAUUCAGCUAUACUCACGCAGUCAUGCUUCUUUGAUGGAGCUGUGGAGGAAACUUCCUGCAAAAUGAGGUGCAAAGAUUUGCAGCUUCAAAUUGAAGGAUUGCUACCGGUAUCAACUUGCAUACAAGAGAAUGGCAUUUCAAGUGUGUCAAGGAGCUUUUGCUUUAAAAUGCCCGGAUUAACUAAGCUAUAUAAUCGCCUGAUGUGUUUAGUGAUGUCCUUGCUUAUAUGUCUGCUGAAUCUUAAAUCCCAGUCGUUUUGAAUCGUGGACUCCUUAAAUUAUCUCGAGUUAUAUUUUUUCCUACAAUUUGCGGCGUUUUUGUUUUUGAUGGGCGAAGAUAUUUGUGGCGUUGUUGUUCAUGUUUAGUAUCACCGUUGUGUUUUUUGAUGAUUGAUGAAAUUGGUAAGAUUUCCCUUACCUUGUAAAACUUAGAUCGAUACAAGAAGAUCUCUAUAUUGGGCUUCAUUUGAAUGAUGAGUAUGCAUUGACUUGUGGGUAA